GUGUAAUUUAUUUGUAUUUAUUUCCAAACCCAUCUCAAUUUCCUCAGAGUCAGAGAGACAACCAACAAUGGAAGCCGAAUCCAAAGCCGAAGCCAUAGCCGAAGCCGAAUCCAAAGCCGACGACCAAGUAGAGCCGUCCGAUCAGUGGGCCCACAAAGCGUGGACCAUGUUGACCACCGUCCGCCGCCAAUCGCCGCUAAUCCAGUGCAUAACCAACUUCGUCUCUAUGGAUUUAAUGGCCAACACCCUUCUCUCCGCCGGCGCAUCACCCGCCAUGCUACACACUCUCGAAGAAAUACCCGACUUCACUCCUCAGGUCCACGCUCUCUGCCUCAACGUCGGAACACUCUCCGCCGACUGGCUACCCGCCAUGAAGGCCGCCGCUGACUUUGCUUCUAAGUCCGCCAAGCCUUGGGUUCUCGACCCGGUCGCCGCUGGGGCUUCCGGUUUUCGGUUGAAUGCGUGUUUGGAUCUUCUUCAGCUCAAACCCACUGUUAUUCGAGGAAAUGGGUCAGAGAUUAUGGCUCUUUCCAAGGCUUCUGUUCAACCCACCAAGGGUGUUGACAGCUCUCACGAGUCAACAGACGCCAUGGAAGCUGCUAAGUCGCUGGCUCGAUCUACUGGCGCUGUAGUUGCCGUGUCUGGAGCUGUUGAUAUUGUUACAGAUGGGGAAAGAGUUGUUGGAGCUCACAAUGGAGUGGCGAUGAUGCAGAAGAUUACAGCAACAGGUUGCUCUGUCACAGCACUUAUAGCUGCUUUCGUAGCUGUGGACCCAACCAAUGCCUUGGAAGCCACAGCAUUGGCCUUGUCGAUUUUUGGGGUGGCCGGUGAGAUGGGAAUGAGCUUGGCCAAAGGUCCAGCCUCUUUGCGGAUGCACUUGAUUGAUUCACUCUAUGGACUUGAUGAAGCUACUUUGAUUUCACGUGUGAAGAUAACGAACUUCUGUGAUUGAUUGACCAAUGAGAGAAUGAAUCUAAAGAGGAGCUUUGUUUGUGGAUAGAUAUGUUGUUUUUGCUACAUAGACUUAUAUAUAUAUAGACAGAGUCAUAUUGGAUUGUCAGUACUGCUUCUGUGUGGAGCAACUUACAUGAAUAAUAGAUGGUUUGAAACUUCGAGUUUUGCUACAGAAAUCAUUUGAAUAAUUUA